AUGGGCUCAGUUCAGCGAUCUGUGGCUCGGAUGGAUGGAGAUGUGAUCAUCGGGGCUCUCUUCUCAGUCCAUCACCAGCCUCCUGCAGCGAAAGUCCCCGAAAGGAAAUGUGGAGAAAUCCGAGAGCAAUACGGUAUCCAAAGGGUGGAAGCCAUGUUCCAUACUCUGGACAAGAUUAAUGCCAACCCCAACAUCUUGCCCAACAUCACUCUAGGCUGUGAGAUCAGAGACUCGUGUUGGCACUCUUCAGUUGCUCUGGAGCAAAGUAUCGAAUUUAUCCGAGAUUCUCUCAUCUCAAUGAGGAAUGAGCGGGACGGACUCACUCAGUGCCUCGAAGGACCCACUGAUGGUACGUCCACCAAGGCCAAAAUACCCAUAGCGGGAGUUAUUGGACCAGGCUCCAGUUCUGUGGCUAUUCAGGUACAGAAUCUUCUGCAGCUCUUCAACAUCCCUCAGAUUGCCUACUCGGCCACCAGCAUUGAUCUAAGUGACAAGACUUUGUUUCAAUACUUUCUAAGGGUCGUUCCUUCUGAUAGCCUUCAGGCCAGGGCCAUGCUGGAUAUCGUACUGAGAUACAACUGGACGUAUGUGUCUGCUGUCCACACUGAAGGAAACUACGGAGAGAGUGGAAUUGAAGCUUUCAAGGAGUUAGCUGCACACGAGGGGCUGUGCAUUGCCCACUCUGAUAAAAUCUACAGCAAUGCUGGGGAAAAGAGCUUCGACAGACUGCUAAGAAGUCUCAGGGAACGACUGCCUAAAGCGAGAGUUGUGGUCUGUUUUUGUGAGGGGAUGACAGUGAGAGGCCUCCUGAUGGCCAUGAGACGGCUUGGUGUAAUGGGAGAGUUUCUUCUUGUUGGCAGUGAUGGAUGGGCAGACCGGGAAGAAGUGAUUGAAGGCUACGAGCAGGAGGCAGUGGGAGGGAUCACAAUUAAACUGAGAUCAGCCGAGGUCAAGUGGUUUGAUAACUACUUCUUGAAGCUAAAACUACAAACUAACAUUCGAAACCCGUGGUUCCCUGAAUUCUGGCAGCACCGUUUCCAGUGCCGUGUGAAAGGUCACCCCCUGGAGAACCUGAAGUUCAAAAAAAUCUGCACAGGAAAUGAAAGUCUGGAAGAAAAUUAUGUGCAAGACAGUAAGAUGGGCUUCAUCAUCAACGCCAUCUACGCCAUGGCCAAUGGACUACAUGACAUGCACAAAGCUCUGUGUCCAGGUCACACGGGACUUUGUGAUGCUAUGCGACCCGUUGAUGGCAGCAGAUUAUUACAGUUUUUAAUAAAGACUUCAUUCAUUGGAGUUUCUGGUGAGGAAGUUUGGUUCGAUGAGAAUGGAGAUUCUCCUGCAAGGUAUGAUAUUAUGAAUCUUCAAGGUAUAGGCAGCUCGUACAGCUAUAUCAAUGUGGGAACAUGGUUUGAAGGGUUUCUAGAUAUAGAUGACAACAAGAUUCAGAUGAAUAUGACUGAGAUGGUUCGCUCUGUGUGUAGUGAACCAUGCACUAGAGGUGAAAUCAAGGUUAUUCGAAAAGGAGAAGUGAGCUGCUGUUGGAUCUGUACUGCCUGCAAAGACAAUGAAUUCAUGCAGGAUGAGUUUACCUGCAGGUCCUGUGGUUUGGGAUGGUGGCCAAAUGAAGACCUAACAGGUUGUGAAAGACUUCCUGUAAAGCACCUCAAAUGGAGUCACGCAGAUGCUGUUGUGGCAGUAGUUUUCUCUUGUUUUGGAAUCCUUGCCACCAUGUUCGUCACCUUUAUCUUUGUGCUCUACAGAGACACCCCAGUUGUCAAGUCAUCCAGUCGUGAGCUCUGCUACAUCAUUUUGGCAGGACUUUUCCUGGGUUAUAUCUCUCCAUUCACAUUAAUUGCCAGACCAACUAUCGCUUCCUGCUAUUUCCAGCGAAUUUUAGUUGGGCUUUCCUGUGCCAUGUGUUAUUCCGCAUUAGUCACUAAAACUAACCGUAUUGCCAGGAUUUUGGCUGGAAGCAAGAAAAAGAUCUGUACUCGGAAACCAAGGUUCAUGAGUGCUUGGGCCCAGGUUGUGAUUGCUUCUAUAUUGAUUAGUGUGCAGCUAACAAUAGUGGUUACACUGCUUAUUCUGGAGCCAGCCUUUCCUGUUCUCUCCCACCCAAGCAUUAAUGAAGUAUAUUUGAUUUGUAACACAAGCAACCUGGGUGUUGUGGCCCCGCUUGGUUACAAUGGGCUUCUCAUUAUGAGUUGCACCUACUAUGCCUUUAAGACACGAAAUGUCCCUGCAAAUUUUAAUGAAGCUAAAUACAUAGCUUUCACUAUGUACACCACCUGUAUUAUAUGGCUCGCAUUUGUUCCAAUCUAUUUUGGUAGCAACUACAAGAUUAUUACCACCUGCUUCUCAGUGAGUUUUAGUGUGACGGUGGCCUUAGGAUGCAUGUUCACUCCAAAAAUAUACAUUAUCAUUGCAAAGCCAGAACGGAAUGUCCGCAGCGCAUUCACUACAUCGGAUGUUGUCCGUAUGCAUGUGGGGGAUGGAAAAAUUGCCUGCAGAUCCAACAGUUUGCUAAACAUGUUUAAGAGGAAAAAAACCACAUCUGGAAAUGCAAGUUCAAAUGGAAAGUCAGUAUCAUGGUCUGAACCUGGCACUGGACGUCCACCUAAGGGGCAGCAUAUGUGGCAUAGACUCUCUGUCCACGUGAAGAGCAAAGAGGGUGGAUCUAACCAGACAGCUGUAAUCAAACCUCUAACCAAACCAUAUCAAAGUCAGAUCAAAACCCUAAACUUUUCAGAUGUCAGCAGUAAAACCCUUUAUAAUGUUGUGGAAGAAGAUGAAAAUGAUCCAUUGAGGCUCGACAUUCCCAACAGCCCAGAAAUUAUGCUGCAGAGACGAGCAGCAUCUGCAUCACAACUGAAGGAAAUGGAAGAUUCCCAUUUGUUUGCAUCUGAUGAUCAGAUGCAAAAAGAUGUUUCUUCGCAAAGAUCCAUAAUUGAUCAAUUCCAUGGAGUUGUCAAUCAGUUCUCAGCCAAUAUUCCUGACGUUAACUCAGUGAUCACUGUGCCAGUGCCAGGGAACGGAGUGAAACCAUUGUAUCAGUCCCAUCUGCUACACCAGCAAGUACUCCCACUCCAGAUGACAACCUUCGGUCACGAACCAGUCUCGCCAGUUGAGGAAGAAAGUGAAAGAUUCAACCUUAUUCACGAAUUCAUAUAUGACACCACUGAACACCAGGUGGAGGAGCCAGUCAUGAGUAAACUUACAUUGGAGGACUCUCCAGCAUUGACACCACCAUCUCCAUUUAGAGAUUCAGUAGCAUCAGGCAGUUCCGUCCCCAGUUCCCCUGUCUCGGAAUCGGUUUUGUGCACACCACCCAAUGUCACUUAUGCUUCAGUCAUUCUGAGUGACUAUAAACAAUCUUCUUCGACUCUGUAA